AUGAUCUAUUAAAGUUAGUAAUCUCAAUUCUCAUCUGAGAGCUCCGUUGGGUUGCUCCGAAUUCCAAUGGGGAUAUUAUCUAAUAAGUCUCUCAUGUUUCUUGAGGAUUUGACCCUGCCUACGUUUCAGGUUAUAGUGAUGACUGGAAAUACAGGAUGUGCUCGAUGCCAGCAACGAGUUUCCCGACUUAUUUCUAAGAUGACUGGAUUAAGAGAAUACGCAGUGGAUGUGCAGAAGAAACAAAUAACUGUAAAGGGAGAUUUUAGAAAUAAACGCAAGAAUGAAAUUAGUGCAGAAAUGAGAAAAGAGUUCUUUUGUUAUCAACUAAAAUUGCUCUUGGGGUCAUAUCUAGCUUCUUGCUUCAGAAAGCACAAGGCUACCUGAAGAAAGUAUUCAGGUCUCUCCCUGGUCGGUGCUCAUGGGGGACAAUGAGCUCCUGGAAACACGCCUAACCCAAAAUUAUGAGAUUUUAUAUAUCUUUUUCUUUGGCUUAUUAAACGUUUUUCUACUA